CUCAAUGUUUAAAUUACGAAUUGCACGUCAGAGUCUUCUAUUAUUGGCAUUCAAAAUAAAACACGAAUAACUGUUGAAGCAGGUGAUGAAAAAAUAAAUGGCGGCGCCCAUAUGGAUCACGAAAAUUUCAGUUAACGUAUAUAGAGAUUGUCUCUUUUUCUUUUGCUGAUUUUGACUUUUUUCUUUUACAUACGUGUUACCUUUAGAGCCUUGCUUCGCGGACGGGCCUUCGGCCCGUCCGAGCUUCGCUCGGUAUUAUCUUAAGUGUGAUAAUGUUGUUACAUGUAAAUAAUAGUUUAUUUAUAUCCUCUGAUGCAGCGUGACACAAUGCCUCGAUCACUUCAAGGGAUUUAAUUAAAAUGGUAGGAAAAUGGUUUCCUACCGUUUUAAUUAAAUCCCUUGAAGUAAACAAAAUAAAGAUAAUUCCAUAUUGAUGAUAUUGAUAUUUAAAACGGAAAUGCAUUGUUAUAGAAGUACAAAAACAUACUUUAUUAUAUUAAGUAAAUAAAUGAAUGAAAAUAGAAAUAAUUUGAUGCAGUCCUCAUAAUAGUUGAUGGGGAAGGCAGCGAAAUAUCUCAGAAAAUGACUAGUAAGUCAAAUAGGGGAGAAAAUAGUUUAUUUGUAUCAGAACUGUAAGAUGACAAAUGAUCGUUUCAUUUGUUUUAGUGAUGCAGUGGCUUACCACCAUUGUUAUUAAACAUGUUAAAUGGAAUGUGUUGGUGUCAGGAUUGUGAUUUCUCAUCCGAAAUGCAGUCAGUGGAUAAUGGAAUUACAGUCAAGUAGAAGGAAUUUGUAUUGACUUAUUUUUAUGCCAAUUUCACAUGUGAACGUGGAUCUGGUAUUUAUAACUAUUGAGCUAUGAUGGGUAUGUAUUAUCUCCCCUUGUUGUUAGUGGGUUCUUUGGUUUACCCAUCUUCCCAUAGGUGUAGGAUUUAAUUAAGGAAAGCCAGUUUCAGCAACUUGCAGAGACCAUGAACCUAAAAUAGGUUUUGAAGAGGACAUUUUAUGUAGACUAAGAUAAUUUUACUGUUUGGUAAUUCCCAUGCAUUUAACAUGUUUCAGUAUUGAAUCAUACUUGAAAUAUCUAGCAUCCCUGAUUUACUGGGCUUACAAAUAUGAAAUGGUUAAGUUUAUGUCGAUUUAAAAUUUUUGAUAUAAGUUAUUUUCAGUUUAAAUGUCUAGAUAUUGAUCAUGAUGAUCAAUAAGUUAGGGUUCCUAUUGAUCUACAAGUGUAAAUUGAAAAGGUUACAGUCGGGGACAUUUCUAAAUGCAUUUCGAUGUAGGCUGGCUCCACAAUGCAGACAUAUUGUUUUGAAUUCAGCUUCAUUUGGCAUUAAUCACUGUAGCUUGUAGUACAUUUACGUUGCUGGCAAGUGUAGCAAAGAUGUCAAUUUCAUGUGAAUACACAACAAGAAUUUUAAGGUGUGUCUGAUGAGGAGAUAACCAUGGCGGGGAAUAUUUUUGGACGUAAAAAGGGUAAUGACUGAUUUUUGGACGUAAAAGGGUAAUGACUGGCUGAUGGAGUUGGGUACACCAGUGCUCCAAGUUGCGAGUAAAACGGUCGCAUUUGCGACCAGAAAAUCGAUUUUGCGACUAGAGAUUAUAUUUAAGUCGCAUUUUUGCGAGUGGAAAAAAAUUGGGUAUCAAGUAAAAUUUUGUAAUCGGGAUCGGAAGUCUGAAUAAAUAUUUUUCAGUCUCGGUCAAAACAGCGUUUGAAAGCAAUCAAGGUGGCGGUAAAACAAGGGUUAAAGCACUUUAGACUUAGUAAAAAAAAUAGAAGCCUCGGCCUAGUACAUGUAACGAAGAAAUUCAAGAAUCAUACGGAGAUUGUUCUGCAUUUAAAGAUGACGUAGCUGUGUCUAAAGAGAAGUGCAAAAGUAAAGGAAGAACCCAGUCCUAAUGGCUGAAGGAAUUUUCAUGGUUGAUAUACAGAGAUUGCAAAAUGUUUUGCAGAAUUUGUGAGGCCAAUCAGCCAGCAACGUCCACCAUUUCUGGACACCCAUUGUCCGAUUUCACCACGACCUGGUGUACAUCUUUCAAAUGUGGAAGUGUGACUAUUCACGGAGAGACGACUUUUUGUUCACCAUGAAGUGUUACCUCCCCUGUUUGGUUUUGGUUCUUGCAGCAGUUCCACUCUAUGCAGCCCCGGCAGUGAUGAGGAACAUGACCUAUUACAUGGAAAGUGUCGGUGGCUCAGAAGGGAAAUGUGGAAGGAAGUGGACCCUGCCGAUUUCUGGAAAGUACCAGUACGAACUGGUGUCGAACGGCCGUGCUGUCAUGGGCAACUGCUCCACCACUGUAGUUGUGGGAAGGUCUUCUAGGUGUGAGAAAAAGAUCUGUGUGCGUGUCGAGGAGUGGGCGCUUGAUUCUGACGUAAUGAAUGUUACCUUCAAGGGACAAAAGGAUGGCGAUAUGAAAGUCAUGAAGUUUGGUGAUGAAAAAAUGACGAAGGUUUGCUUCGAAGGCAUCUCUCUGGACAUUCAUGUGUUGGAAGACAGAAAUUACUCCAUGAUAUGGGCCAAGGGCAAUGUCCCAAAAAACCCAUACAGUUUUAAAUUUGUUCUGUACCCAAAGUGUCCUGGCUAUCCCAAGAAUUUGAUGGAGGAUUCAGAUAAGGAUUCAAUGGACUUCAAUAAGGCUAAAGAACUGGAGGCAAUGACAACAAUGAACAUCGUCUACGGCGUCAUCGUCGCUCUCAUCAUCUGCAGUAUUUUCCUGGUCGUCCUCCUCCUCACCUACUGCUACUACAAAAACAACCCCCAGGGACGCAAGAGGAGAAGUCAGCAGAAAUCAUCCAAACUUGAGGAAACCUUCAACAAGGAAAAGAAGGUAAUGGGGGAGCAGGUGGCAAAGGACAAACGAGUGGAGGGACACUACAAGAAAACUGACAACUCGGAGUUACAGCCCCUUGUUUCCGCCGCAGCAGCUCCCGCCGCUGCAGCUGUGGUGACCCAGGACGACCACGGCUCUCCCACCAUAAAGAUCAGUGAGGAGCCUGCUGAUGACAAAGAGGAACCAGGAGAGGAGUAGAGUGGAGAAAACAUCCCCCGUCAUCCAUUCCAUCAGAUUCCAGAUGUAGCCCACAUGUAGUGGGUCCUUAUUACCAUAGCUGAUUAUUUCUAGGAAAAUCUUUUUGUAUUGUAUAGAUAAGACCUGAUUUGGCAGUAAUUUUUUUAUAGUUGAUUUGUUGAUUGGAAUUGAUAUUGAAUAAUCGGGGAAGGAAAAAAAGGGCAAGUUUGGGGCAAAGGAAAAGAAUGUCUCUCGAAAUGGAGUAGCUGCCAUUUGUCUUCAAAAGAAGCACAUUUAUAAUCAUGAUAAAAUCUCAAAUCAUAACUACACUGUAUUUGCAAUGAAAUGUAGAAAAUAGAUGUUUAAAACUCCUUUGUUUUUUAGAUAAUACAUGUACAUGUUUUUAAUGUUUAAGCAGGAUAUUUUCAUGAAAUGGAGGAUUUGAUAUCAAUAUUUUUGUGUUCAGAGGUAACAUAUAGCCAUUACCUGUUUGAAACAUUUAGUUUGGAUAUCGAUGUGUGAUCUUGUGAGUUUAUAUUCUGCUCAAGUAACCCCUGAAAUUUACAUUCAUAGCAAAGUCUAUACACAUUGUGUCAGACACAUAUAGUACUGGUUGAUUUUUUUUUAUUUUAAAAACCAUUUUAUCAUCAUCAUGAAUUCAGUGCUUGAGACAUUGGAUUUUAUUAACCAGUUUCAUUUAAUUAGUAUGAAUUCACCACAGGAGAUACCACACGUUUUACGAUGUAUAUGCUUAAAUAUAUUUUUUAAAAUGAUUAUUUUCAUUAUGUUAAUCAAUAAUGCAUUUUUAAGGGAGAAGAGCAAAGUACUUCACAUAAGAUCUGUGUGUACCUACUGCAGGUUAUUAUAGAUUUUUGUAAUGUUUGUCAAUUUCAUCCACUUUGUGGCAUUUCUGUUCAGUAUGAAUAUUUUGAUGUAUGGAGUGAUUUCAUCUGUAGACUGAUCCUGUGGUGUUGCUGAUAUAGUGACUUCUCUAUAGCGACUUGUCUAGUCGUUAUAGAGACUUCUCCAAGGUGUUUGUAUAGCGGUGUCAACUUGUUAUCUGAGUGUAUGGUAGUGCGUUUGUGAGAAUUUUCGGUGUUACUAGUAAAUCUUUACAGGGGUGCCCUGGUCGUUGAGAUCCUACAUCAUGCCUUUUAUUAACAACUUUGUAUAUUGUCUUUGUUGUUUAUAACGAAAUUAAUUUUAAGUAACAGGUUGUACACUGAAAUUUAUUUUGUUGAAAAUUUUCACAUUAUUACCCACAAAAUCACAUGUUAUGUGAGCCAGAAUUUUAAAAUACAAAGUCUCUUGUGGUAUGAGAUGGUUCAGCACCCCCACCCCUAUAGGAUAGUGUAGGUACACAGUGUUUAUCUCUACCUCCCCCCCCCCCCCCCCCCUACACAGUUUAUAGUUUAUUUUUCCCGUGAGAAUUCUAGGUUGUAUUGUUGUCGGGUUGUGGCUGACUUAGCAUUUCCAUCCAAGCUUCGAAUUUUUUUUUUACGUGCAAUCAUUUUUAUGUCAGAUGUACAUGUAUAAUUUUUGUCAGCAGUAUGAACCAUGUCGUAUGGAGAUAUAUAUAUUUACAGGCAUUACAAGGGCAAGAACAAUAACUCUUGCUAGUAAAACAGUCACAAUUUGGGUAGGCAGUUUGGUGUUGUGUAAUUUUUUUUUUCUAGAAGUUUUUUUUUAAAGGACUCCACAUAAAAACAGUUUAUUUUUUCGGAGUAAGGUUCUUUUGGUUAUAUUUACACAAUUUGAAAUCCAAUUUUCUCUGUUAAUGGCUUGUAGAAGUCUUUUCAUCGUUUUCUAUCGAGAAGAAAAAAAAAACUUGAUAUGUUUUACUCUGACAAAAUUGUGUCACAUUGGUUUAUAUUACACUAGACUGCAAGCAAAGUGGGUGCUUUUACACAUAAAAUAAACAUUUGAAUUAA